UAUCUUAACAAUGGAAUUGUUUGUAGUCAGAAAUAACCAAAACCAACAUAUCCAGCAGCAGCAGCAGCAGCAGCAGCGGGGUCUGUGAGUCAAAGAAAGGGAACAGGUGAACAAUAUUGUUGGCCAGGCGGGAGCGAGCCUACACGGAAUAGCUUCGCGCGUUUAGUCGGAUUUAAAAUCACAUUCUAUGAAGUAACAAUCCGGAACCGGAUGUAAAAUUGAACUAAUCAAGUGUGGAUUGACAAAGAAUUGAAACAUGGAGGAAUAAUAAUGGACCUAUUGGCGUAGUAGUAGUAGUAGUUGUUAGCUCGACCGUUGCUCGCGAGGCGAGCUCUGUGCCAAGCAGCUGAGCUCGAUCGAACGGGUGCGAUCGCGACAGCAUAAUAAGUGUAUUUUAAGUGAUUAAGCAGAAGGUCUCGUUCGUUUUAUUACAGUCUGGUACUCAAAGUACCGUAACACGCACCAAACAGUUGAGGCAAACAGUUUGCAUUCGAAAUUCCCCGGCAAUAACACGUUGGGUUGGGAAAACCUCCAGCGGAGAAAAAGAAAAACCGGCAUGGUGAAAAGGGAUUAGCGAGAAAAACAUAUACCAUACCAUACCUAUACAUGCAUACAUCUAUAUAUUAACAUACUUUAGGUGGGUCAGUUACUUAACAUUCUUAUUUCUUCUUUUGUUUAUCUUAAACAAUGCUUAAGCAGUCAAGGAAACGAAACAAACAAACAAAAAAUGCCUUCCUUUUUUUGUGAUGCGCCAUAUUGUGUACAACACCACACACGAUCGGAUGUAUGUGUAUGUUGCGAUCGGCAAGCGAAAUAGGAGGGUCAAUGGUUGAUGAUUUAGCACAAACGUGAGUUACCACAAGCGACUUUUAAAGUCAGGUGGAAGGAAGAGGUGGAGGGGGAAGAGCGAAUACCUUUUUGGCGGUCGUAAUCCUUUUAUUAAAUGUGAUCAAUAUUUGAUAAAAAAAGUGAGAGAAAGAGAGAGAGAAGGAAAAAAAGUGCAAGAUAUAUAACCCCACCCCGGGGGGACCCUGUCAAACAUUUGUCGUCGUACUGUUAGCUAACGCAUUCGAGUCAUUUUUUUUUAAAUACGAGUAAGAUUCUUCUGUUCCAAAAAAAGAAAAGAAAAGCAAAAACACACACACACACAUAUACAUUAUCCGUACUUUAUCCAGAGAUGCCAUUCGGCAAACCAGCGCGUUGUAAACGAAUGGUUUGACCAACGGAUCAAGCAGCAGCUGUGUGUUGUUUUCUGUUUUCUUCUGUUGAUUGUUUAUUGAUCUUUCGUCUUUAAUAUCUUGCAUAGCUUAUUUAUAUGAUUAAAACACGGAAUGGAAAGGGAAAACUAAGCGGGGGGGGAGCCAAGCUCCCUUUCUACCAAUAACAACAACAAGUAGGUGAUAACUAUAUAGUGCGGCGAGUCAGUCAGAGUCAAAGCAAGUGCAGCAACGAACGCAGAAAGGACAGAGCUUACCAUGUGGCAAACGACCGAUUAGCGUUCACCGUUAAUGUCGCGUUUUGCACACACACACACAACACAAUUGGUUACCAAGAGCAAGAAAUGCAAUAUAGAAAGGGUUAGAAACACACACACACACAGGAACCGAUAAGAUCAUUAGGAUAAGCAAAGAAUUAGGAACGGGUUAACACAUAUUAACACACACACAGCAACACAGAGUCCUUUUGUAGCGUAGGACGACAGGGCUUUAUACAGAGAACCGCCGUAACACUAACGAGAAAAAGGGAUCUUAGGCGAAGAGUCGAGGAAGGAUGUGUGUGUUGUUUCGAGUGAUACUAGACAUAGACUGUGUUAUAGUCUCCUGAGUUGAGGAUGGAUGGAUGAGAGGAUAUUUAUUGAAUUUUUGGGACAUUGCCUGAUCGAUCGACGAUCCGACGCACAACGCCGAUCGAAACGCUUGUCUCGGAAAAUCAAACCGCCCAACAGCGUGAUGAUUUGGACAUUGCAGUGCAAUAAUAGGAUGGAUGGGAUGGUAGGAUUUAGUUCGAGGAUAUAGGGAUUAGCUAGCAACGAUUCCGUUGAACAAUCAAUCGAUCAGAGUAGCUGGUGGUUUUGGUUUUUUGUUUCAUUUUUUUUGUCGUUAUCGCUUACCCUUUAUUGUUUAAUGUGUAUCUCUCGCGUAACUGUGCUUAGUACGAAAUUUCAAAAUUUCACCUCAACACGUGUGCAUUAUCCGAGCAGCUCUGUGCAACCGCGGGAACGCAGGAAGCGAAUGUUACUAUUAAUUGUUUGAACCAUAUACAGCGCGUGUUGUUAACGUGUGUUGUGGAUUGAUCCUGACGGGAUUCUAAAGUAUCGCGGGAGCGGGUUUGCUUGCUAUAAUAGAGUACGUAACGAUAGCUUAUGCAUUUAACGGACAUGAAGCAUAGGCCUUAGUGGUUGUAAAGUGGCAAUUUAUUAACUGCCCACCCACCCCAUUACGGGGGAGUUGGGUGUCGAGCGGAGGAGAGAAUGACGAUCGGAUCCGAUAGAGGAAGAGGAUAGAGAGGGGGCAAAAAAAAAAACGAAACUGAAACAAUUGGAUUGUGAUAUUUGCAAAAGAGUAUAGUCGUUCUUUAUUUAAUUUUUGCGUGAAUUGUUGUUGUAUGCAAUGUGUGAGAAGGGUAGUGAGAGGAAGGGCGCUUUAAGAUGAACAGGGGUUGAAGGAAGGUGAAUACGAUAAACCACUAGAGUUAGGCACACACACACACACACACACCGAACGCCAAUAAUUUAAUCAAUCUUGUAACAAAAGAUCAGGUAGAAUGGUCUUUAAAAGGGGGGUGAUCGGUAAGGGAAUAUAUGUUUAUUAACUCGCAUAAUACUUACUUAGAAACGAAACGAAACCGGACGAGAACUGUAAAGACGCGUGGGGGGAAAAGAAAACCCACGACACUGAAACGAUCCACCACCACCACGCGAUAUCCGUUGUGAACGUUGUGCCGGGGCGGACUCCAGCAAUCUAAGGGGGGAGAGAGAGGGCGAACGAACUGUUGGGAUGCUGCCGGCCGGCUUGAACAGGAGGAUUCUGUUUCCACCACCAGGCAUGCAUACACACGUACACACCACCACUACCCAGCCAAACAUAGCAUAGGGAACACACAUUCAAACGCAUAUUCGAAUGUGCAACAGUUACUUAAAACACAAACCCAUGCGCGAUCGUUACCCAACGUAGGUUUUUUGUUUGUUUUUCGGGAGGCAUUUUAUACUUGUGCAUGUUUUUGUGUGUUUUCUUGUUUUUUUUUUCUUCUUUGGUUUUUUAUACAUACCACCACCAACCCCACACACGGGACUUUUGCCAACCUCCCCUCCUAAUGCUUUAAAGAAAGAGUAGAGAAACACUGAUUGAUGAAACCCCACACACACACACACACACAACACUCAAUCGAUCACUCCUUCCUCGGUUCCUCGGUGGGAAAAUGAAGAAAAUGGGAGGACAAAAAAAAAAUGGAAAAAAAGGAUUUAAAAAAGGACGAAAAAUAAUGCGCUGUGAAUGAUAAUAUUGAUGUGAUUUUUUGUGAUCGUUAUUGUUACUACGAAAAACAAGCAAGUGAAACAAGGUGGGGGGAGCUACGUGUGUAUGUCUAUAUAUGUAUAUAGGCUCGUACGGAGGUGAAUCAUGAUAAGAUAAAUUAUAUUAUUGUAGCACAGGAAGGAGAACAAAAUCAUUUCGAGGAAUACGCGCGCGCGCGCGUGUGUGUGUGUGAUGUGUACAUGGGGUUGUAGAUGAAUCUGUAACAAAAAACGUGUAAAACACACACACGCUAGCAAACGAAUGUGUAUAAGGGCGGGAGUAUAUUUUGAAACAAACAAAAUCAAGCAUAUCUGGUAACGAAUAGAUAGUGCACAGGGAAAGCAAACUUAAAAAUGUACACCAUUUUAAGUACUUGGUUUUGCAAAAUGUUACGAUCGCGAUCGAAGAUAUUCACCCCAUUGCCGUCGGAAUCUUAUGAUGCUAGUGUUCGGGGUUCGGAAUCAUUUGAGAGCGAAAUUCAAUGAUUUUAUUCACACAAAUCCAUACAUUGGUGUGUGCAUGCGUGUGUGGUAGGAAUAAUCGUACGAAACGAUCGACUGUAGGCGGCAAUAGGUGUGUCCCAGACACAGGGGGUUAUGGUGUGUAUGGUGGGGUGUGCGUCGUUGGAAGGAAAAAGUAAUCUUAACGUUAGACAAUUUACAUCUAGUUGGAAUUGGGGGUUUUUUUUUGUUUUGUUUUUGCAUAGUGGAGGAGAGUGCGCGUGGAAGGAGGACACAUUUACUUAAAUGAGCCGCAAUUGUUGUAACGCCAUUGUACACAAAACCAACGAAUUGGAUCUCCAGUAUCUGUGCGUUUUGCACCACGGAUCGCUAAAAACUGCAAACAAAAAGAAAACGAAACACACACACCUUAAACCGAGUCCGACUCAAGCUGUGUGAGCAAGUGAUCGCGAGUAUAAAAUAGAUUUCAUAGACACACGGGGGGAUGUCGAGGACAGAGGUAGACCGAAGAAAGGACAAACGAAUCGGCAGAACACAAUCCUUUCUCUGUGAUUCACUGUUGAUAGAAUUUGAAGGGGGGAACGUUACUAACCGAAAGAGUUACCAAGCGAAAAAUAAGCAAACGACACAAGUUACCACACAACAGAGAGUCGAGUCGGCAAUAUAUUUUGCCGGGUGCCAUUCGCUCUCCCGGGCGUGUAUAACACACACACACAUUUGCACAGUCCGUAAACCGUAACACACCGUCAGCUUAAUCGAUCUUAUUUUUUAACGUAAAGAGGAUAAUCGGUUCCCCUGGAGAAGGAGAAGGAUAUAUGUUUAUAAGACAUUAACCGUGUACUAAGAGUGGAGAAUAUGGGCGGGCGCGCGCAGCAUUGCUUAACUUUGCAUUCAUAUGUUGUUUUGAAGUGACGGGUGCGCUGAUAAAGCAAAGGGGUGUGGGCGCACCCCCUUCGAUAAACCCAACCAACAACGCGCCUUUAAACUCUGAGCGGGAAGGAGGAGAAGUGUAGUAGGUGGUGGUGUGUGAGAGAGAAAGAGAGUGUGUACAUUUUAUACCAAAACUAAUAAUCAUUUAUUAUUUUGUUUAUUAACUUUUACCGAGACUAAGUGUAACAGCACGCCGGGCGUGUAACAACAGUCGUGGAAGCAGGAGGAGGAGGAGAAGAAGAAGAAAAACAAGAACGAUACUAAACGAUAGAUUUAUUAAUUAAACAAAAAAGAAAAAAGUGAAACACUUUAUAUAUUAUAUAUAUAUACACACACACAUACAGAGCGAAGGGUGGGGUAACAUGCGUAGACGAUGAACGAUCGACCUCUAAACUGGCACUACUAGUCGAAGUCGACCAAAAGAAUGUUUGAAUGUGAAAGGUAUCGAGAUCACACGAUUGCGAUGGCAGAUAUAUGUAUGUACGAGUAAAUAUAUAUAUAUAUAUAUAUAUAUAUAUAUACAUAGCUAUAUAUUUAUAUACACAUAUUAAGCAAGAGAGAGAGAAAAAAACGGUCAGAUCAUCGUGAAACAAAAUGGGAAAGGUGGGUGGAAUCGAUCGGUCGAUCGAUCGAUCGCGAUCGACGACAGGAAGGAGAGAAGGUUAAGGACGAGAAAACACAUAUACACAUAGUUGCUUGUGCGAAUCUGAAUGUUUGGAAAGGAUGAUGAUGAUGAUGGAACAUGUUGAAAAGAAGAAACAAUAAAAGAGGAAAAAAGUAAUCAAACAAAAUGAUGUGAAGCCGGAGCAACAAAAAACAACAAAAGAAGAAGCACAAAUGCAAAAGCCGCCACCGGAUGUGUGUUCCGUGCCACGAGAAGGUGUUUAGUAUAGCGAUGAUGUAGAGGAAAAGUGUCCUCCUGAACGACUGCGUGUGCUGAGUGAAUGCGACAGUGUAUGCGAGUGUGUGUGUGUGUGAAUGAGUUCCUGUGGUCAGCGUUUAUAUCUGUUUAUCCUGAUUUGUGAGUGAUCUUGACUGGAGACAACGUUUCACCGCACACAAACAAAGCGCACACAUACGAUCCAUCUGCUCCCCACGCUUCCCAGUCCCCACCUGUCCCCACUGUACCCCCCGUCAGCAUUAUGUUGAAUGUAUGCAUAUUACCUCUGUGUUAAUAGGCUUCUUACCCAUGUUGAUACCUCCUUUGUUUCUCUUAUUGGGUUAUUGGAAUCGUGCUGUUACGCGCUCUAACGGAGAUAUCGUACUGGAAGAAUGCAUAUAUCAUCAAACGCUGCUGCGCUGCUAGAGUCGGACGGAGGAGUGGUGAAGGAGGAAGCGAAGAUAACUGUGUCCGUAAUCGAGGGCGAAGGUAUCGCUGCCGGUGACGGGGUGGAAGGUGUAUCGGACGCGGACCAUCAUCUGGGUGCGCACCUGCACCGGUUUGGGCUGGGCGACGGAAGCAUCCCACCGGCCGUGGCGGCACUGUGUGAGGAGGACGCGUUAGGGCUAGCGUUCCAGCCGGGCGGUGCGAUCCACCAGGGCCAGCAGCAAGGCGCGCUCCAGGACGACUUUGCCUUGAUGGUGGAGCGUCCGGCCGAACACGGCUUCUUUCACUGUCCGGCGGACUCUUGUGAUCGGAAGUACAAAACCAAAUACUCGCUGCUUCGUCAUCUGCGCAAUGAAUGUAACGCCGACCGGCGCCAUUCUUGUCCGAAGUGUGAUAAGAAAUUUUCCUACGCCUUCAUCCUUAACCGGCACCUGCUUAAUGUGCACAAGGAAAGCCCCGGCUAUUACUAGACCGGCGACGGGCGGCACACACACACACACACUCACACUAAUUAACAGAACAGCUAGUGAAGCGAAAUUAAUGUUUUCGGUUUUUCCCACGCGGGAAUUGUUGCUGUUGUUUCCAUUCCAAAUACCAAAAAAGAAAACGGGCAACCGUGUACGGAUAGUAGUGGCCCAUGUACAUAGCGAGCUGCCCGGAUCCGUACCUCCGUGUAUGCUUUAACGAUUAAUGAUUGGAGGAGUGAAACAAAAAAAUGUGUUUAGACUAAUACCAAUAAUCGUAGAGACUUCACGCGGCGAAGCAAACUCCUUAGCGAGAUCGUAUCCUUCCUUCGCACGAUCGUGAUCGUACACUAGCAAAAGAAUCAAACAUAAGUAAAACAAAAAAGAAGAGAAGCCAAACAUAACUAAAACGGAGUUUUGGAAAGGUUUUGUUGUUUUUUAACUUAAGAAGCUUAAACUAUAGGGCAAAGGAAAUGAGAAAUAAACCCGUGUGAUGACUCACAUCCAAUCACACGCACACUCACACGCACCCUGAAGUUGUGUGAUGAUAAUAAAGCAAAAGAAGCCACUUUAGAGGUUGAGAUAAAUGUUUCUAACGUUAGGAAAAUGUGUUUUUGUUGCCUUUAAACCCAUUUUAGUCAGUCAAUGUUUUACCCUCUCGCUGCUCUCUCUCUCUCUCCCUCCCUCUCUUUGGUGAUGGUGUUUUUUUUAGUCCACUACAAGGACUGCAAGGAAGCCGCGCGCCCCCGUUUACUUGCUCUCUUUAGCUUGCUUUUGCAGACUGAAAGUUUGGUAGUAUCUGCUCUGGAAGUUUAUUUAAUUAAUUGUUGUAGCAUUUUCAUUAGUUGUUUCACAUUUUCACUCAUUCAUUAGCCCUCUUCUCACUAGCGCAACUGGCCGCAAGAAGUUCGGUCGGUCGGUCGGUCGGUCUGUCUGAGCUCUCUCACUGUACUUCUUCUGCUGCUCCCUCUACGGCGGCGGCGGAUUAGUCUAGUCCGACUAGUUUCAAGUAUGUGUGUGUGACACGUGCGUCAAGGGGUGGCAUGACACCGUUGGGGUUGUGUUAAAGAACAAAAAAAGGGAUCCGAAGGGCAAAUGCUGUGUUGUUUUGUUGUAUUUUUGUUUUGUUUUUAGUUAUUUGUUUUUUUUUUCUUCUUAUUUUCUGAUACGUUUAUUCCGGGACCGCAGUCGUUGUUCUUGUUGUUUUGUUUCUGCCGUUUAAUGUUUUGUUUUUCUCUUUUCCACCCUCUUAAUUCCACCUUCUUUUUUCUCCAUUUUUUAGCCAGCAUUUUUCCUUCCUUGUUUUUUCGCCCACUCCCCGUAUGCUGUGUUCUGUUCCCCUGUUACUCGCUGUUGUUUCUGUUUCUCUUUCUUGUAUUACUUUUAUCCGUCUUUUUGUAGCGCACUGUUUCCUCCUAGCUUGGUCUCGUUCUAGCUACGACUCUAUAACCUCUUAUUCUCGGACUUGUAGUUUUUCUUUUUUAUGUUGUGCUUCAGUCCGAAGGUAAUUAUGAUUAUUGUCGUUUACUCUGUUAUGUUUGUUAUGUUUUCCUUCUUACUUUAUUUAUUUAUUUAUUUAUUUAUUAUUUUCCCCUUUUUUCCCAUUCUUUUUUUCCUUCCAUUUUCCUCUUUCAUUUUCUCUUUCUCUGUUUUUCUUUCUUCAUAUCUGUCCCCGAUUGGCCUUCUGUGUUUUCCCAUCAUUUCCAACCACUAUUCUUCAUCCUCCUCUCUCUCUCCC